CGUGGACACAACAAGCUUGAAACUGUGCUCAGCCACCUUAACCACAGGAACACUGACCCUGGUACCCGGAAAAAGCCAAAGAGUCCAGAUGCUUUCCAGAUUGGCUUCCCUAUGCGCACUAACUACAUGUAUGGAAGGAUAAAGAGGACCCUACUCAACGAAAUCUUCGCCCUCAGCGUCUGCCUCUGGAUAAAAGGGGGAUCAGGGCCUGGCCUCGGCACGCCCUUCUCCUACUCUGUACCGGGACAGGCCAAUGAACUGGUUCUGAUCGAAUGGGGCAACAACCCCAUGGAACUACUGGUCAACGACAAGGCAGUGACAUUGCCCAUGGCAAUGACGGAUGGGAAGUGGCACCAUCUGUGUGUGACAUGGUCGACACACAAUGGGCAUUGGGAGGCCUUCCAGGACGGCGUAAAAAGGGGAUCUGGAGAGAAUCUAUCUGCAUGGCAUCCCAUCAAGCCUGGUGGAGUCUUUAUUCUGGGCCAGGAACAGGACACCCUAGGUGGCCAAUUUGACGCCACCCAGUCCUUCGUGGGCGAGAUGUCAGACCUCCAGUUGUGGUCCCGCGUUCUCACGCCCAAUGAAAUCUACAGCCAGGCUUCCUGCGGAGGUCACCUGGCCGGUGACCUCAUCUCCUGGACAGAGGCAGUGGUCGAGCUUCACGGUGGGGUCACCAAAUAUCCCUUCGACCCCUGCCACUAAGCACUAUCCCAUUCUGCCUCAUCAAAAUGUCUGAUCACCAAGCCCCUGAUGUCAGUCAACCAGCUGUCUGGUGUGGCAGCAGGGCUCUGUGUGCUACGCUGCAGAGACAUGACAGGCCCUUAGUAACAAACUAGGCUGGCCCUUUGCAACAAGAAUGAGCCAUCCUGCUAUUUUUGCCAUCCAUUUCCUCUCUGUUCUGCCUUCCUCGCUGGGCCGAGGAACUGGGAGAACUUUAAAAGAGCAAAGGCUGGAUUUAACCGAAUGGUCAUGACUACUGCUGCUCCUGAGAUCCAAUACAGGUAAUAGGAUUCCCUGUCUCUAAAUGGGUCCAUCUAUGUAUGCCCCGGCCUUAGCAAAGCUCUUUAUCAGUCAGGUGUUCAAAGAAUCAAAGCAUUUUGCUGGGACAUAUUAUGCCGGGAUAUGGUUCUCAAAAUCAUAAUACUCCAGAUGUUAUUUGUUCGUCUUUCUGUUUUUGACUGGUGAUUAAUGACGAUACCAGUGAUGAAAAGGGAAGCACUGAGGUAGAAUGCUCAUAAACCAACUGUGGACAGUAUGGAAUGAGCAAACUAAAGGCACUCAAAACAGAGCCAUGCAGAUUGCAAGUGUAUGAGUUAGAAGACAUUGAUAAAGAUUGGAUGAUUGGAAGUGAUGAAUGUGAGGUAUUACAUUGCAUUUUUUGUAUAUGAAGAUGGAGGAGCUCAUCUAGGGCUUUUGUUUUUUAGGCUUUUAGCCUGUCCCAAUUCUACUUUGCCCACAGAGAUUUUAGAGGCCUAUUUUCUACUACUGUGUUGUACACACAUGCAACUGAUCAACAUUCCACUGGAUUUUUCACAGGAAUUUAGCUCUACAAAUAGCUGAUGGUGCUCUGCUUUUGGUUAAAGGAGUUUGCUUUGUCUAUUUGUGAAAACAUUGUACACCUAUGUGUAAAAAAAAAGAAAAAGGGAUGUUUUGUAAGCUGGAAUGUCUGUUUUAACACAGCGAAGCUUUUGGGUUUGGUUUCGAUUUGUAUUUCUAUCAGUGUGUCUAAAAUGGCUGCCAGGUUUGAUGUAACAGCAGAGUUGACAUUGUCAAGUCUGACUUGCAGCCUGCAUAAAUACAGGUUAACUGGCUGUCAAGAGAUCUACGGUGAUGCUGACAUCUCCAUGGUAACUUAUGGCUUACAGUGGGAUUUACCUGUCAAGUAGAGCUCUGAUCCAGAUCCAGACUAUUUCCGUACUGUCAGUAGCAUACACAUGCUCUCAAAUAGGCUACAUUCACACAUGCACGCACAUGCACUCAAAACAGCUUGGAAACAAAAAUGUAAUGCUAUAAUGUUCUAAAAUGCUUAUAUUCACUGUCAACUUAAUCUGUUGUUUUUUUAUUAGUUGGGUCCUGUGUUUUUAAUCCAUGUAAAAUGCUUAUACAAAUCUGAAAAAUAUAGCCUAUGUCUUGAAUAUGAACUGUGAAAUUACAUAAACAAAUACAAACCAUUUCAUUUUUGAUAAAUAUAACUAAUUGUACACAACACAUCCUUUCCUUAUCUAUCCUUUCACUGUAUAUGGCCAUCCCUUUUCUGUCUGUAAAGCAUACAAAUGAGGAAUGUAUUUUAUUUUAUUUGUUUACUUACCCCCAUUUCACUGUAUUAAGUUCGGACUGUCUAUCGUCUCAUUGUUUCACAUGAACACUGAUCGUAAAAAAGCACAGAUAAAACAAUGAGACAGAUAUUUCACCAGAUGUAUAAAUGUGAAGCAUCCGGUUGGUGUUUCCACUCACUACCAAAUAUGGUGAUGAGAGGAAGCCCAGUGGCUGGCAUUGGGAGAAGAUGGAGCGAGAUGGAUUUUGGCCGGCAUUCUGCAAAUUCUUUCCUCGAUAAAACAUUUUAUCUCAAUACAGUUUUCAGUUUCCAAAACUAGAAUCUGUAACAAACAGAGUGGACAACGUCUUGUAA